AUGGAGUCUACACUGCCAUUGCCCUUCGUGGUGAGCGUCCCAGCUGCCCUCGACAGCGUCAGCGAAGGCCUCACACCCGCCGAGAUCGCUGUGCUGGGAACCAUCUUCCUCCAGGCGAACCCCGCCAACCUGUCCCAGUUGCAGGCGCUCCUGGCCGCCCGCGGCGCCGAGCUCGUGCCCUUUGUCGAUGGCACUGCCCUGACCUCGCCCGACGAUGUCGUCGCCCUCCUCGACCUUGGCGCCCGCCGUGUCUUUGUCCAGCCGUCGCAGCUCGCCGAGCUGGCGCCCACCUAUGGAGCCCGUGUUGCGGCUGCUGUGUCGGCCACCGAUGCCAGCGCGGCCUCCCUUGCCAGCGCGACCACCGCCGAGCAGGGCGGCCUGCUCGUGACGGACCUCGACGUGGCUGCCUCGACCAGCAGCGCCUUUAUCGAAGCCGCCGCCGCGACCAAGACGAACCCCUCCCUCUUCGUGCAACCCGCGCCGGCGUCCGUUGCCACCCCCACGGCCGUCUCGACGUUUGCCGAGUCGGCGGCGCGCAUCCACGCCAUCCCCAUCCUGCCCUCGACGGCCCUGACGACGGUGACGGACAGCCAAGACAAGGUGUCGGUGGCCGGCCUGCUGGAGGCGGCGUGGCAGUCGGACCGCCCGGACAAGCUGGUGACGACCGUCGUGACGGACCAGUCGGGCGCCGCGCUGGGCCUGGUCUACAGUAGCGUGGCGAGCGUGGCGGAGGCGCUGCGCACGCAGACGGGCGUCUACCAGAGCCGCAAGCGCGGACUGUGGCACAAGGGCGCCACCUCGGGCGACACGCAGACGCUGCUGCGCAUCGGCCUCGACUGCGACCGCGACGCGCUGCACUUUGUGGUGCGCCAGGAGGGCCGCCGCUUCUGCCACCUGGACCAGUUUGGUUGCUUCGGCGAUCUGCAGGGUGUCGCCCGGCUGGACCAGACGCUGCGGGCCCGUAAGGCGUCUGCACCGGCCGGUUCCUACACGGCGCGCCUGUUCUCCGACGAAAAGCUGCUGCGCGCCAAGAUUAUGGAGGAGGCGGAGGAGCUGUGCGACGCCAAGACGCAGCAGGAGGUGGCCUUUGAGGCUGCCGACCUGAUUUACUUUGCGCUCGUGAAGGCGACGGCGGCCGGUGUCAGCUUGGCCGACAUUGAGCGCAGCCUGGACGCCAAGGGCCUCAAGGUCCAGCGCCGCCCGGGCAACGCCAAGCCCAAGUGGGAGGAGAAGGUGACGGAGAAGGCCGCCGCUGCUCCGGCCGCCGCUGUGGCUGUUGCCAAGCCGUCUGUCGACGACCGCAUCGCGAUGAAGCGCAUUGACGCGUCCAAGGUCUCGGCCGCCGACAUUGACGAGGCCCUUCGGCGGCCGUCGCAAAAGUCGUCCGAGGCCAUCAUGAAGAUCGUCACGCCCAUCAUCGACGACGUCCGCGCCAACGGGGACAAGGCGCUGCUCUCGUACACGCACAAGUUUGAAAAGGCCACGUCGCUGACGUCACCCGUGCUCAAGGCACCCUUCCCGCCGGAGCUCAUGCAGCUGUCCGACGAGACGCGCGCCGCCAUCGACCUGUCGUUCAACAACAUCCGCACGUUCCACGCCGCCCAGAAGGAGGACAAGCCCCUGUCCGUCGAGACCAUGCCGGGCGUCGUCUGCAGCCGCUUCGCGCGGCCGAUUGCGCGUGUCGGCCUCUACGUGCCCGGCGGCACCGCCGUCCUGCCCAGCACGGCACUCAUGCUGGGCGUCCCCGCCAUGGUCGCGGGCUGCAGCACGAUUGUUCUGGCCAGCCCGCCGCGCGCCGACGGCACCAUUACGCCCGAGAUUGUCUACGUCGCCCACAAGGUCGGCGCCGAGAGCAUCGUCCUGGCCGGCGGCGCCCAGGCGGUCGCCGCCAUGGCGUACGGCACGGAGAGCGUCAGCAAGGUCGACAAGAUCCUGGGCCCCGGCAACCAGUUUGUCACGGCCGCCAAGAUGCUCGUGAGCAACGACACCAACGCGGGUGUCGGCAUCGACAUGCCGGCGGGGCCCUCGGAGGUGCUGGUCGUGGCAGACGCCGAGGCCAACCCGGCGUUUGUGGCGUCGGAUCUGCUGUCGCAGGCGGAGCACGGCGUGGACAGCCAGGUGGUGCUACUCGCGGUCGACCUCAGCGAGGCGCAGCUGGCGGCGAUCGAGGCGGAGGUGCACAGCCAGGCCAUGGCGCUGCCGCGCGUGGACAUUGUGCGCGGCGCGAUUGGGCACUCGGUGACGGUGCAGGUGCCGAACCUGGACGUGGCCAUGGCCGUCAGCAACGCGUACGCGCCCGAGCACCUGAUUUUGCAGGUCCGGGACGCGCCGGCGCUCGUGCCCAAGGUGCUCAACGCCGGCAGCGUGUUUGUCGGUGCGUGGACGCCCGAGAGCGUGGGCGACUACUCGGCGGGCGUCAACCACUCGCUGCCGACGUACGGGUUCGCCAAGCAGUACUCGGGCGUGAACCUGGGCUCGUUUGUCAAGCACAUUACCAGCUCGAACCUGACGGUCGAGGGCCUGCGCAAUGUGGGCGGCGCCGUGAUGCAGCUGGCCAAGGUGGAGGAGCUGGAGGCCCACCGCCGGGCCGUGAGCAUCCGUCUGGCAUCGUUGGAGAAGUAA